CUGUUUCCUUUCAUUACUCGAUAACGGCAGACGACGUUACGCGGAAACUAGUACGGAGGCGAUUGUGACCGGACAAGAUUAUGAUUACAAUAUCAAAGUUCAAAGAAGUUGUGAUGGGGUGGACGUAUCAGCUCAGACUAAUAAAUCCGUGAUGUCUGAGGAAAGAUACGAAACCAAAAUGCGAGAUGCCGAGACCCAAGUUGAUAUUUUGGAUCUCCCUAUGCUCUUGGAGAUACUGGAACAAAUGUUGAUUCAACUUCCUAAACAUUUUGCAUCUGAAUUGCGCCAGAACUUUUUGCCAGCAUGUGGGAUCUUUAUGGAUCGCAAAAAUUUGUAUGCUAAUGAAAGUAGGAUGCGUUCAUUAUCACCUACAUAUUUCUCUCCCGAAUCAUCGUCGUUAUCAGCGUCGUCAACACAUGAGCAUUCCACAACCGACCAACAUAAAUUUAAUUUUGGUGCAUCUGAUUUUUCGGAGGCGUCAAUAAAUUCUUCAGCAUUAGGUAUGGAUACUACUAAGCAAGCCCGAUCUGAACAGUUAAAAGCUUCUAUGUUUCCAUCGGCAACUUCAGCGUCUUCUAAAAAGGGUAAGGAACCAAUUAAUUCGGAUCAGCCGAAAGAACGUACGACCCCUUCACCCACGGCAUCGACAUUGAAUAAUUGGGAGCAAUCAACCAGAAUUUCUUCAUUAAGCAAGGAGUCAACGACUCCAGAGGUUAAGAAGAAAACGAAAAAGUCCAAAGCUUCCAAACAGUCGGAGAAAAAGAAUUCAAGACUCAAUGGAUUCAAUAAUGAUUGGAAUAAGACGAAUCACGAUUGUACGGAUGAGUGGGAUGUUUCGACUGAUCCUGCACCAUUUGAUGAAUAUGAAAUUCUUGAUGUAAGCGGUGACACGUUUUCAAUAGUGGAUUCCAAUGUGAUUUCGGCGUCUCAAAUCUCGAACCAAAAAAACAAGGAAUCUCCUAAAAUUGAAAAUCAUUGUGAAAGGGACAUUCAAUAUUUACCAGUAAAGUCAUCGGGUAAAAGGAAGAAGAAAAAAAGCUCAUCCGAAGAUGCUCGUGUGAAUUCAAAUUAUCCAGAUACGAUAAGCGUCGUUAUAAAUACGAGAGGACUCCAUAAAAAGCCACCCUUGGAAAGUCCUGGAGGUUUCCACCGAGAGCAGAGUGGAAAUGUGCAAAUGAGAAAUGAAAAAGGUGGACAUCCGGAUGACGACGCGAGAGAAUUUAAUCGUGUUAAUCAAAACAAUCGAAGUACCAAUUACGAGAUGAAGAAUCAAGAUGAGAUGACCGAGAUCCCUAUUAAUGGCAAACAUUUAGGUGCUUCGUUAAUUAACCGAUCAUACCAAACUGACUUCGAUUUAAAUAAUAGUUAUUCGAAUGGGAACCUUAUCCCCAAAAAUAAUGGACGAAAUAACGACGAUUAUGUGCAACGUUCCGAAUUGAGUUCAUCAUUUGAAAAAGACAUUCGGUAUCAAAAAGUCAGUCACAGUUCUUCAACAAACGGAUGCCUGGAAAGAAAUUAUGACGAGUGCUUAGAUCGUCGUAGUGAAUCCAUCAUGCGUCAUUCAAAAAACGGAUACCUGGAAAGAAAUUAUGACGAGUGCUUAGAUCGUCGUAGUGAAUCCAUCAUGCGUCAUAAUUAUUUUGGAUAUUCUAAUGAGAAAGAUAACUCGAGCUAUCGAAAUUCAACUUAUGAGAAAAAAAGCUAUCGAGCUCAAGAAUUAGAUAGUCGAGGAAACCAUCAGUCCAACACCGAUGUUAGUGAUGAUGACACUUCCGAAUCUUUGUCGGUAAGAGGGGGAAGUUUUCGGGACGAUGAGUACUCCUCGUUCUCUGAUCGACAAAACAACAAUAGCGAAGAUAAUUAUUCUGCCAAGCUUGAAACAACCGGAAGGCCAAAGAUUAAUAAAAGAGCAUCGUUUCACAAUGAAUUCGCCUCGAUUCCGAGAGACAAAAAUGAAAGGAAACAGCUCGGGCGCAGGAAGAGUAUGGAUGCUUGGAAAUCUGGUGGAAUUC